GCGGAAUACCAUAGUACCAGAUCAUCUGCGCAAAGUAAGCACUUGAUGCCCGUGACUGUCUGUACCAAUUCGGCUAUGCCUGAACGCCCAAUAUGGGCUUGGAGCAAAUUGCAUGCUCGUGACUGUCUGUACCAAUUCGGCUAUGUCAUUGAUGAGGACAUUGAAAAGAGUGCAGGUUGUGACAGCUUCCUGUGGAAUGCAGCUUGGGACAGCUCCCUGUGGAAGACCUGUUUGUAA